CGCCGUUGUCAACUGCUUACUACUGCUGUGCCUCUGUAGAUGUGCAAUCGUCUGAUACUCAAACUUAAUCGACAACUCACCUGCUUUUCAUGAGUUUCGAUUCUCUCAUGUAUUAUCUACGCGUGUACGUUGAAUCCGGUCUUGAUUUCGCUCUCCACCUUUUCCUUCAAGAACUGCGGCUGCGACAUCAUUCGAAGAGGUAGCGUUCAGCCUCGUGGCAGACUAGACUUUCAUCAAUUCCAACAGGGUCGACACAUAAGUGAUUCGCUGAUGGAUUCCACUCGCUCCGUCAAGAGGACAUACUCGAGACGGAACAUGUCCAUGGCUGUCGUGCCCACAGACUCACCUGAAAGAGAUGACAGCCAGAAACGACACAAAAGGCUCGGUCCAUCACCGGCAACGAAUCCACCAAAGGAAAUCGUGCCACCUUCGGCUGCGGGAAGGAGAUUCAAAGGACCAAUUUCCUUCGUAGAUGCAGACGACGAUGAUGACCAGGAUGAUUCUGUUACGCCUGACACUGACGCUAAGACUACUACAUCUAUAGAGCGUGAUGCACGGAAAAACAUCCCAAAAGCAAAAGAAGUGAAAGAUGCGGGUAUCAUGGUGCCAGAAUCGCAGACCUCCUUUGAUCAAGAUAUGACCGAGGGAGCAUCUGUCCCUGGAAUUGCCAGCGAACCCAGGGUGACAAACGGAAAUCGUGAUUCAGGCAAAUCGCAAGCACACGAAUCUCGUGUGAGUGAUAGACCGAAGCUGCUAAAGUUCUCGUUGGCUUGUCAAGCUUCGUUGCAGAAGCAGUAUCUUGCUCAAUCUUCACCGCCUCCAAGACACAACGUCCGGCGUAGGAGACUCAGCGACACUUCAAUGGCCGCUCAAAUGUUUGUUGACUCGUGCUGCCCGGUGGCUUUUGAGGAUACUGAUACCCUUUAGAUGGAAACGGAAUCAGGAAGAGUCUUAUUUCCUUAGACUGCCAGUAGAGAUCAGAACCCAUAUCUAUGAUAUUCUACUUGCAAAUAAGACUAUCGCUGUGCGUCACACACCAUUCACCAAAAGCAUCCCCUUUCGUUAUUACGCAGAGGCGUACGAGGAUGCUUCUUCUAGAGCUGUACAACAGCCUGCGGGACCAAGCAAGAUGACCCU